AUGAGUGCAUUCAAACCCCCUUCAAGUGCCCCAUUUGCUCGAAGCGCUACUUCCAAGUUCAAAUUCGGAGGUCAUGUGAGUACAGCUGGCGGGAUCUCCAAAGCAGUGACGAACGCUGCAAGACUCGGAUGUAAUGGGUUUGCUAUGUUUCUCAAGUCCCCCAGAAGAUGGCAAGGUCCCCCAAUGACCCAGAAGGAAAUAGAUCAGUUCGGCAAGAAUUGUAAGGAGUUGGGGUACAAUCCUCAUACGGAUAUUCUUCCUCAUGGACAAUAUAUGAUCAAUUUGGCGUCACCAAAGGAAGAUAUGGAAGCCAAAUCGUAUGAAUCGUUUUUAGAUGAGAUUCUUCGGUGUGAACAAUUGGAUGUUCGUCACUACAAUUUCCAUCCGGGGUCCAAAUUGGAUGGUGAUCAUCGUGAGGCUCUUGAAAGACUUGCAAAGAACAUCAACAAAGUCCACAAGGAAACCAAACUGUGUAAGGUAGUCAUUGAGAAUAUGGCAGGUCACGGCAACUUGAUUGGAGGAAGUUUGGAAGAUAUCAGAGACGUAAUUGAAAUGGUUGAAGAUAAGUCUCGGGUCGGAGUGUGUGUUGAUACUUGUCAUGCCUUUGCAGCUGGAUAUGAUAUGCUGACUGAAGAAAGUUUCAACAAGUUCUGGAACGACUUUGAAGAGAUUAUUGGAUGGGAAUAUUUAAGUGGGAUCCAUUUGAAUGAUUCCAAGGCUCCCCUUUCCUCUAAUCGAGAUUUACAUCAGAAUCUCGGUCAAGGGUUCCUAGGGCUUGAAGCUUUCCGUAAUGUUGCCAACUUUGAGAAGUUACAAGGUAUACCCAUUAUCUUAGAGACACCGGUGGGAGAAAAGGACGAUGAUACUGUGUAUGGACAAGAGAUCAAGAUCCUUGAGUUUCUUGAAGGACGUGAUUCAGAUGAUGCGGACUACAUUGCUACAGCAGAAAAAUAUCUGAAGAUGGGAGCAGCAGAGAGGAAAGAACACCAAAAGAAGUUUGAUGAGAAGCAAGCAAAGGAAGCCAAAGCCAAAGCCAAAGCAGAAGCAAGAGCUAUUAAAGCAGAUGAUGAUUCAAAGAAGAGAAAGAGUAAGGGCAUUGAUGUUUUAGUGACCAAGAGAACAAGGUCUGCCAAAAGAUAA